CUUGUUCCCCCGUACCUCUAAAAACAAUAUCCAAACAUAGAUUUUUCAACAUUGCAUUGUCUUUACAUGAGAUGACUACAACCAAUAUUGUAUAGAGAAAAGAAAUUUCAAGGCAUUUCCAGUUAAUGCAAUCUGGAGGGAGUAGUACACCGAAGAAAUUUAACGUUAUAUGCUACCUGGACAAGCGUAGUAGAACGUAAAGUAUCGACCAUGUCGAGGCAAACAGAAUUCAUGCAGAAAGUGUUGCAUGAUCUGCGACGGAGGAAAGAACAUAUGGCUAUGUCUCAGACUCCCAAAGAUUCAAAUCAGAAUCAGACAUCUGCAGAUGCAUAUCGAAAAUUCAAGCAAGCUUCUCAAGGAUCAAAAGAAACAAACCCCUACGGAAGUAUUGGUUCUACUAGCCAUUACGUGAACGGAUGGUAUGAUAAGGGGCAAGAUUCAUCAUUCUCUACAAAAGAAUCUUCAAAACAGAUUACGCCAAUAGGUGGUGGCAGAGAUCGUAGCUCUGAAAAUGUAGCUGAUUUGUCCAUGGCACUUGCUUUUGCGCUGAAGAACAACGGGAAGCACAAGAGGAUGGGAUCAUCAGAAAACUCUUCGACGACUUUCCUGCAUCACAUUGGAAAAGUGGAUUUGGUGGAGGUGGAUAGAAGGUCAGAUGUACCUUCAAGUGGUCCAUUUCCUACUCCUUCACCUCUGCACAAACAAGAGAUCUCGAAUGGUGCGGAGAAGCUGAAUCAAAUCCUCACUGGUUGCCAUGAUGGCUUAAAUUCUGAAAAAUUCUCUGUCGAAAUCGGGUACGAACUCCUCAAAGGAGCCAUGGAUUUGGAACAAUCCUUAAGAAUGCUUGUAAACUUGCAAGGAGUUUCCAAGAACAUGGUUAUCCCUCAAAGAAAGCAACGGACAAUAAGACUGGUGGAGGUUGAAGAGGAUCCCAGUCAUACCACUGAAACAGUCAACAAACAGACGAAACCAGAACGACCAAAGCUUUCUUUCAAUAAACUAUCAAGAAACUCUGCCGAAGAUGUUCUACAGGCUACAAAGACCAACCUCAUAAAGCAGAAGCAGUUAACCUUAUACUCUCCUACAGAACCCCAGAAGAUCAAUUCCGCAAAACAAGCUCCUACUACCUCAAGUGAAACCGUUUCCCAUAGACGCUCAGCCAGCUGCGGCGAAAUUGCAAACACCAUCACUUUGACAAACUCAAAUAAGCACUCGCGUUCAGACUCUCAACCGAAAAGGGGGAGACUAUCAAAUGUUGUCGCAAAACUUAUGGGUCUGGAAGAGUUUCCAACACCGAUAGAAUCAAAAGCUGGAGGGUUAUAUGACCCAGCUAUCAAGCAAGAAUCAUCCGUAGCCUAUAAUUCUAAAUCAUUGCACGAAACUACAAAAAAAAUUAUACCCGACCCAGUGCAUAAUGAUAAACUUCGUUUGCGCACAGAUGAGCCAAAAGUGCUGCCAACCAACAACUCGGAAACCCAGAUUGCUGACAGAAGCUUGGUUAGGCAAAAUGAGACAUCCGAGAGAGUGGUUCACAAAGAGAAAUCACAUCCUAAUGAGCCAAAAAAUUCUGAAACUCUAGCGAGAGAACAGGAAAAGAAGACGAGGCAGAAUAAACGAAAUAUGAAGGAACAGAAAAACACAAGGAAUGGGGACACAAAGGAGAAGGUGUUUGUGGAUGAAUUGCACUUUCCCCAACAGAUACGUAAUCAACCAGAACCAGUAUUUAUAAAGCAAGAAAAAGCAGCAACCAAGGAGACUAUGCUCCAGAAAGAGAGGACAAAUGCAAACGACGAGCUAUUGACAUCGACCAAGCAAGAAAAUCCACAACAAGAUAUCCCACGUCAGCCAUGGUACAAGCUCAGGAAAUCGGAGUCGAAGAACUCAAAGCUUCAAGCAGCUAAGGAACAGAUAACCGUGAAAAGGAAGCUGCAUCCGAAAAAUCCAGAAGAAACUGAGAUUAUGCAAAAAGUAAACGCAUCAAGGUCAAUCCAUGAUGUCAUGGAUUUGCAACAGAAGCUAAUACAUAAGAAUCCUGCCACAGUUCGUAAAAAACCAGAUAAACCUGAUGAUGCGAUAAAGAGGAGCAUUCGUGAAGAUCUAAUCAGUCAACAAAAUAUUAUUAUACUCCAACCUGAGUUAAGGAAACCUGCAAAAGAGAAUUUCAAACACCGGAUCAUUCCGACAGAUAGAGAUACCAAUGAGGAGAUAUCAAAAGUUGAGAUCAUGACACCUGUUAGCAUCAAGCUGAUGCAGAAUAAGGUAGAAGGUACUGAAUUACUUAAAAUCAUGCCCCCAAGAAUACUAAACAAAAAAUUAGGCAGUGACUCCCCUGACAGGAAUGUAGCACAAGUAAGCAUCAUGCUAACUAGAGAAGAAGAGGAAGAAGCAAACAUCCAAUCACCCAUAUCAACGGAAGCUACACACACAAUUCCUAGAGUGACACCCUCUGUCAGCUACUCCACUGCAGAAGAAUACCAAAUGCUAAACGAAAUGCAGACCAUCAAUGCAAAUGCCAAGAUUCAAAAGACCACAGAAGUUUCCAAACCUUUGCAAGCUUCAGUGGUUUUGCUUUCCAAAGAUCUACCAUUUAAGUCUACAGACAGUUCAAUUCAAAUUAAAGCCUUACAGGAGAGCAGCAUUAUAGAUGUUGCUAAACCUUUACAGCAGGAGAGGCCCAAAUCUGAAAUACUAGGGUCAGCUCCAGCAAACGAAGAUCACCUCAAGCAAAUACUUCUUAGAAGUCGAGUUUUCCUUAAUGCAGCUGUGGCACUCUUCAGAAUUCAGUUUCCUGUACGUACCCUUCAUUGCAGUACCAACAAGUGUCAAGAUGAAGAUAGUAAACUGCUUUUAGACUCUGGAUACGAAACUAUGAGAAGGAAAGGAAAAAUACAAGAGCUCAAUUGCAAUCCUUGUUUAGGCAUUUCUGUUGGGUCCAAGAAGGUUAGAUGCUUGGACAGCUUGGUUAAGGAGUUGAGUGAGGACCUUGAAACGUAUAAGUACUCUGCUAAUGAACACAUUGAAGAUGAAGCAAGCCACCUACACUAUUUGCUCCAUAAAGACAUCGAAAAUAAGAAUCCAGUCGUAAACUGUAUGUGGGAUUUUGGAUGGAGUGACAUAAUGUUUUCAUGUAUUGAAAAAGAGGAAGUCAUAAGGGAUGUGGAGAAGCAUGUGCUCAAUAGACUGAUAGAUGAAAUUACUAGAGAUUUCAUACAUUUAAGUGUUGCAAUCUAUUAACUAUAUCAAAGCUUUGUGGAAACGUAUAUGGUUAGUUUUUCAUUCCAUUACAUCUGGAAAGGGUGUUCUUCGACGAGGAUGUUGGAGUAAAAAAGAUGAAAUGGAAGUAGUGCUUUUAGGAAGUGGUUUAUAGGAGUAAAUUGUGAUUAUUUGAAAGAGGGAUGGUUGUGUUUUCAGGACAUGGAAAAUAUGUAUAGAAUACUCCUAAAUAUUUUGUAAUUGUCAAAAAGAUGAAAUGUAGAUAUAACAAACAAAGGAAAACAAAAAUGAAGUUUACCGAUUUA